UUUUUUUUUUUCAGGUACAGGCCUUUACCUUUAUUACUUCAUGCUUAAUAUCUGCUGUAGAAAUUUUCACUUCAUUUUACAUAAAUGUGAAUGUUUUUCUGGUAUUUUAAUAACAUUUCCCCUCAAUGUUGAUAUGUAUGCAUCUGCAAUUAUCUUAAUAACAACAGAUGCUGUGUAGCAAUAUAUAGUCCACACAAAAUAGUGUGUGGACCUGAGCUGAUCAUUAUGAAGAUCUUGAGGCAGUGGUAGUUCAGCAAAGGUAGCAGUUCCAUUUCAGAAGAGGCUAGGAAGGCAACUGUAGUGGUAGAUAUGAUUUAGGAAAGCAAUAGAGAAGAAAGAAGAGAAUGCUAUUGUACCACUGCAUAAAUCCGUGCUUUGCCCAUAACUAGUGGAGUUUUCUUUCCAUCUCAAAAGGGUUAGAACAGAACUGUGAAAAGGUCCAAAAAAGGGCAAUUAGCAUGGUCAUGCAUACAGAAAAGGUGCUGCCUGGGUAACAGCUAAGUAAGCUAUGACUCUUUCAGCUAGAGGAAGAUAUGAUUGGGGAGGAUAUGUUAAAAGUCUGUAGAAUAAUUUCUGAUGGAUAAGAAUUGUUUAUUUACUGUCCCUUCCAGUACGAGGAUUAAGAGCCCUCAGAUGGCAAGAGCCAGGACAAGGCAGAUGAAAGCCAGCAGUUUAACUGAAUUCCUAAAAAAAAUGUUGGUGGUGCAGAUCUGACCUAUGGUAAUACCUUGAAAGAGUAUGAAUAUUUCAGCAAACUGCCUCUUCAGUGGUUCCUCAUUAGCAUCUGAAGUGCAUGCUGCUGCUGUUAAUGGAGAUAAGAGUACCCUCCAAAAGCUAAUAGCAGGAAACUCUGAGCUUAAAGAUAAAGAGGACCAGUUUGGAAGAACUCCACUUAUGUACUGUGUAUUGGCAGACAGGCUGGACUGUGCAGAGGCAUUGCUGAAGGCUGGAGCCGAUGUUAAUAGAGCUGAUCGUAGCCGAAGAACUGCUCUCCAUCUUGCUGCACAAAAGGGAAAUUACCGCUUCAUGAAACUUUUACUGGCUCGUAGAGGGAACUGGAUGCAGAAGGACUUAGAGGAUAUGACACCUUUACAUUUAACUACACGUCACAAAAGCCCAAAAUGUUUAGCUUUGUUGCUAAAACAUAUGGCACCUGGAGAAGUGGAUACCCAGGACAGAAACAAGCAAACUGCAUUGCAUUGGAGUGCCUACUACAAUAACCCAGAGCAUGUGAAACUUCUCAUAAAACAUGAUUCAAAUAUUGGAAUCCCUGAUAUUGAAGGAAAAAUCCCACUUCACUGGGCAGCUAACAACAAGGAUCCUAGUGCAAUUCACACAGUGAAAUGUAUUCUGGAAGCUGCACCUACAGAAUCUCUGCUUAACUGGCAAGACUAUGAAGGACGAACUCCCCUUCAUUUUGCUGUUGCUGAUGGGAAUGUAGCAGUUGUUGAUGUCCUGACCUCCUACGAAGGCUGCAAUGUGACAUCUUAUGACAACUUGUUUCGAACUCCCCUUCACUGGGCAGCCUUACUUGGUCAUGCACAGAUUGUCCAUCUCUUAUUAGAAAGAAAUAAGUUUGGAACUAUCCCAUCUGAUAGUCAAGGUGCAACACCCCUACAUUAUGCAGCGCAGAGCAACUUUGCUGAAACAGUUGAAGUAUUUUUGAAACAUCCUUCCGUAAAAGAUGACUCAGAUCUUGAGGGAAGAACAUCCUUCAUGUGGGCAGCUGGCAAAGGCAGUGAUGAUGUCAUUAGGACUAUGCUGACUUUAAAAUUGGAUAUCGAUAUCAAUAUGACAGACAAAUACGCUGGCACAGCGUUACAUGCUGCUGCCCUUUCUGGCCAUGUCAGCACAGUGAAAUUGCUGCUGGAACACAAUGCACAGGUAGAUGCUUUGGAUGUCAUGAAACAUACCCCGCUUUUCCGAGCCUGUGAGAUGGGACACAAAGAAGUGAUACAGACGCUCAUUAAAGGAGGAGCAAGAGUAGAUUUGGUUGACCAAGAUGGCCAUUCGCCCCUUCACUGGGCAGCCCUGGGAGGAAAUGCUGACGUGUGCCAAAUCUUGAUAGAAAAUAAAAUCAACCCUAAUGUACAGGAUUAUGCAGGUAGAACACCUUUGCAGUGUGCUGCUUAUGGAGGUUACAUUAACUGCAUGGUAGUGUUACUGGAAAACAAUGCGGAUCCAAAUAUUCAGGAUAAAGAGGGAAGAACUGCUUUGCACUGGCUCUGUAACAAUGGCUACCUUGAUGCUAUAAAGUUGCUGCUUGGUUUUGAUGCUUUCCCUAAUCAUAUGGAGAACAGCGAGGAGAGAUAUACUCCACUUGAUUAUGCCUUGCUUGGUGAACACCAUGAAGUGAUUCAGUUCAUGUUAGAACAUGGGGCUCUGUCUAUAGCUGCCAUACAGGACAUCGCUGCUUUCAAAAUUCAGGCUGUCUACAAAGGAUACAAAGUUAGAAAGGCUUUUCAAGAGAGGAAGAAUCUUUUAAUGAAACAUGAACAGCUGAGAAAAGAUGCUGCUGCCAAGAAACGUGAAGAGGAAAGUAAGAAAAAAGAAGCUAAGCUACAGAAAGGGAUGCAGAACGUGGAACAAAAUAGGUUUCGAGUACAACAGAAUCCUGCAAAUCGAGAGAAGACUACCAGCAUCUCACAGUUACCUAAUAAACCAAUCGAUAUACAGAAUAAGAGACCUCUGUCCCUCAACGCUUCACAAAUUCAACCAGGGAGAAACAGUAGAGGUUCACCUAAAGCUUGUCACAACAAAGGGACACCAAAGGAGAGUUGCCUGUCAGCAGAGCCUCAGAGUGAAGGUCAUAAAAUCAGGCAAGAUUCAUUGAGGAAACGCAUCAAAAGCAAGUCAAGUUGUGUCCAUUUCCAUUGUGGUAAAGCAAAAGAGGGAACAAAAGUUGAAGUGAAACAUCAGGUUGCAGCUGCUACAGAACUGGAUGGAGAAAAGCACGAGGAGCACACUGUUGAGGCAACGGGUACUUGUGCUCGGAGGAGCAGAAGGCGUACUACUUCUGCUUGUAGGACUGCUAGUGUUGGAGAAAAAUUAAGAGAUCAAAGUCAGUCUUCAUCUGGCAACAGGGACCAUUGUGAAAGAACGGCUGUUUUCUUCUGCAAUGUCAGUUGUACUGGUGGAAUUGCGAGAAACUCAAAGCAGUGUGAAGCUGCUUCCAAAGGCAAAAGGCAUCAGCAGAAAUCCAGAAAUAAAGAGGUAAAUGAUGAGCGAUGUUCACCAGCUGGCUCUAGUAGACCAGGAAGUGCCAAAACGGUAUUUGUAAACACCAGAAAUGACAGUGUGCAUGCUGUAGAACAAACUAACAAAGUGGGAAAUAAUGAAUUAGCAAAAAAGGCCUCCCCUUUAUUGUCUGCUGAGGCGGAACCUACCGGAACUGUGCCAAGAAACCCAGCAGCGUGUUCUGCUCCUGAUGACAGCUCGAACUUGGAAAAAACAGGCGUAAUUGGAUCCAGGAAUGCAGAUGAUCAGUUAUGUUCUGUCGCAUGGCAAAGUACAAAUAUUGAACUAAUCCCUUUAGAGAUUCGAAUGCAGAUAAUAGAAAAAGAAAGAAAAAGAAAAGAGCUGUUUCGGAAGAAGAACUAUGCUGCUACGGUCAUACAGAGGACAUGGAGAAGUUACCAGCUAAGACAGGAGUUGUUCCAGCUGCUUAGUGCUAAGCGGCAGUGCAAAGAAGAUGAAGACAAAUGGAGACAAGAGGCAGCUGCCUUCUUCAUUCAGGUUGCUUGGAAGAAACAGCUGAACCAUAGCCCUCUGAAAUCAGUUCCUUCAUGUAAAAAUCUGAAAUCUAUAAACAAAACCAGCUCAGCCAUAAAAACCAGCAAGCAGUCCAUCCUUAAGCAGAUCUAUGGACGUUCUCAGGAAGGCAAAGUGCAUCAGUCAACAAGACCUCCUUCUAAGCUGAAACUUUCUGAUGUGCAGCUGGUCUCAGUAAACAACCUACAGUGUGUUAAUUUGCUGGAGAACAUGGGAAAAUCAAAGCAAUUUUCAUACAACAUGAGACCAACCACUGCUGCAAAAUCAAAAAAUACAGGACUCAAGCACUAAGCAAAACUGAAUGUUUGGAAUUUAAAGAGCACAUUCUGGUGCAACUGUUAUCUUUCAUAAUGUACAAGUCAUCUACAACAUAUUAAACUUGAACACAUUUUCAGUUUUGUAUUAUCUCAGCAUUACAUGCCAAGCAGACUUCUAAGGACCUGGACUUAUUUUAUUUUGUGUACAAAUUAGUUUUUGAAUGCAACUGUUAAUUUAUUUAGUGACAGGAUGAAAUCUGAAUUGCAUUUAGAAACAGAAAAUGAAGUGCUAAGCCCAGCAUUACAAUAGAGUUGCAGGGGCUCCCAAAGUUUUCCGUUGUCAAAAGUAGGAAUUUUGAAUGUGUUCAUCAAACACACUUUCAAAGGGGAGGGCAACUGUACUGAAGAUGUAACAGUUCUAGAAGACUGCUAUUCUAUUUCACCUCAAAUUUAUUAAAUGUAUUUCAAAAUCUAAGUGGGAAGGGAAGAACAGCCUUCCUGCUCUACUUCUGUACUAAAGAAACAAUUGGUUCUCAGCUAGCUAUGGAUUGGGAAGGAAAAGUAGAAACAUUGACAGAAAACUGCUUUCCACAGCCUAUGGAAAUUGUUAGGGGUGUGUUUUCUGCCCUUUGAAAUUAUCACCAGUUUUUUCUAUAUUAAUAACUUUAUUUUUAUACAUGCACAAAAAGAGUUUCUACAGAAAGCAAGAAAAGACAGGACCUAUUCUAGAAGAAAACUUGUUCUUAUGAUAGCUUUGGAGCUCCCAGCAUACAGUAUUUACCUUGCACAAAGUAUUUAAGAAUAUGAACUCAGCAAAAAUAAAAAACUGUUACUCUA